AUGAACCACGUGCUACUUACUUCUCAGACUGUCUAUAAAAGCAACUCUUCCAGCUGCAACUUUUUCAGAGGGAUCUCUGCACUCUCUGUCCUCUGGGAGAGUGUCCUCACGUUUGCUCAGGCUGUCUGCUGCUGUCUCUCUCUGGCUACUGGAAGUUCACUGUCCAGUCAACCAGUCCUUUUAUCACAGAGAAUAGCUUUGUCUCUAGCCUCAAGCUAUCAUCAUAUCCUGGCAGCUUCCAUCAGCUUACCUGUUACUCCCAUCUUCUUCAAGCUGCCUAGCCAUAGACUCGGCAAAGGAUACCCCCUCAAAGAGCUCUCUACAAAGAUAGAAGAGCUUGAGCUUCUCCUGAACGUCUUCUUUGCCAAGAUGCAGUCGAGCAGUCAAAGCACUCCUUCAGACAGAGCCAGACGUGAGGUCGAGUCUGAGGCCUUCCGUGCUCGCCUGCAGUCAGUACAAGCUCUGGAAGGUGCAUACCCAGAGUUCGAAGAGAUUGUCCAUCACAACCUCGAGCAUAGAUACAACGUGGUGAUUGAACUGCUCCCCCAGAAAGAAGGGUCCAACAAGUCCGUCGACAUAGUCAAACGCAAACACGACGGCUACGUCUGUAUCCGCAAGAGCUUCUAUGUCUGGGGUAAGGCAAAGCCUAGGCGGUGGCUGAGAGAGGUAAAAGCUUUAAGGAAUGCCGCCCAAGUAUAUACACUGCGGCGGACGACUAUCUCAAAAGGCCGGCCGCGUGGUAGGGGCCCAAGUUUGAAGGGUGUGCGGACCGCCAUCAUACCGGGAGAGUUGGAUGAGCAUACACCAUCCAGACUAUAUAGAGACGGUGGAGGUGAUUCUCUUGUCGGCAGUAUCUGUCCUGAGGUGGACGCGAAAUAUCAGGGUUAUGUUGAGGAAGGGGACGCCAAGAGCAAGAAGAUACUUCAUCAGCUAUUUGAGAAUAAACCUAUCAAUUCGUUUGCUAAGGGGAAGAAAUCCCAUGGCUGGUUGGCUCCUGGCAGAUUGUUAUUCCUGAAGAUACACAUGUAUCCAACCUGCCAGGUCGAAUUUGUCGUGUCGCCGCUUUCUAUCACACCAAAAGCCAUAAUACCCCCCAAGCUGGGCCGGCACUACGCAGCAAAUGCCCAACAAGAGAAGAAGCUGGUAAUACAGGAGUUAUGA